AUGACGGGAAGAAGGCAUAUGUUCCAAGAUCUAGAACUUAAGCCAGGUGGCUUCUUGGGUUUCGGAGGUGAUCAGAAAGGGAAGAUCAUAGACUCUGGAACAAUUGGUAACAAUUCUCUCCCUUAUAUUACUAAUUCUUCUAAAGUUGUUAGUCGAAAUGAUGGCUCCAUUCUUUUCAAUGGCAAGAGGAUAAAUAACAUUUAUAAAAUUAGACUUUAUGAUCUUAAAAAUCAGAAUGUAAAAUUCCUCAUGCCUAUUAAUGAAGAGCAAUGGCAUUUCAGAAAGGCGAGUUUUUCAAAAACUUCUUUCAAAGAAAAUAAUAUUAUUUCUACCUCUAGGCCUUUGGAACUCUUGCACAUUGACCUUUUUUUACCAGUGAAAACUGCUUUUGUCAGUGGAAAGAAAUAUGGGGAUUUCAUUUGGAACAAUCUGACUGGCACAAUACCAAAGGAAAUCGGACACAUUACAUCGUUGAGACUCUUGCUCUUGAAUGGAAAUAAAUUAUCUGGCAGUUUACCGGAUGAGCUUGGCAACCUUACGAAUAUGAAUAGACUCCAACUAGAUGAAAACCAACUGUCAGGUUCUGUGCCAGAAUCGUUAGCGAAUAUGAUCAAUGUUAGACACCUCCACAUGAACAACAACUCGUUCACUGGUCAACUUCCAUCCAAACUUUCAAACCUUUCCAAUCUUAUGCAUUUGCUUUUGGAUAACAAUAACUUAUCGGGAUAUCUUCCACCAGAAUUCUCCAAGUUACACAGUUUGGAAACACUGCAACUUGAUAACAAUAAUUUCAGCGGGAAUGGAAUUCCUUCUACCUAUGAAAAUUUACCCAGGCUUGUAAAAUUGAGUCUGAGAAAUUGCAGCCUGCAAGGAGCUAUUCCCGAUUUAAAUUCAAUACCAAGUCUUAAAUAUUUGGAUCUUAGCUGGAAUCAGUUCACUGGGUCUAUACCGUCAAAUAAUCUUUCAACCAAUAUGACAACUGUUGAUUUGUCCCAUAACAAACUCAACGGAUCAAUUCCCCGAGGCGGAAUAUAUCCUUAUCUUCAAAGAUUAAAGAGAAAAACAGGCAUUAUUGCUGCUAUUAUAAUAGGAGCCGUUGCUACUGUUUUAGCAAUAACCGCAAUAACCAUGCUCCUAAUUUUUAGAAGAAAUUCGAAAUACAUGCACUUGAUUUCCAGGAAACGAACGUCCUCUAAUGUAUGUAUCAAAAUAGAUGGUGUGAAAGCAUUCACUUUGAAAGAGUUGACUCACGCCACUAACAAAUUUGAUAUCUCGACUAAAGUUGGGGAAGGAGGUUAUGGAAAUGUCUAUAAGGGCAUUUUAUCUGAUGAAACAUUUGUUGCCGUUAAGCGAGCAGGAGAAAAUUCAUUACAAGGACAAAAAGAGUUCUUGACUGAGAUUGAGCUUUUAUCGAGGUUACAUCAUCGAAAUCUUGUCUCUCUAUUAGGCUACUGUAGCGAAGAAGGAGAGCAGAUGCUGAUUUAUGAAUUCAUGCCCAACGGCACACUAAGGGAAUGGAUUUCUGGUAAGAAAUUGUCCCAAAUUAUAAAUCACUUUGUAAAAUGA